UUCAAAGUUCAGCAUGAUUUUCAAUUUCAAUUCAUCUAGUAUUCUGAAUUGAUUAUAUAUACAUUGAAUGGUAUGGCAUUCCAAUGGACUGUUCAUUCCGUAAGUUGGGCAGGAUUGCCGUUGGCGUGGAUAUUGAGAAGAUGGAGCAGCGAAGACAUCUUGAGAUAAAAGGGCCUUGGAGCUCAAACCAUGAUAAGCUCAGGGCAUCCAUGUGGGAGCUGGAGUUCUAUGGGUCCGCUUCAUGGAGUACCCUCAGCCUAGAGGCCAUGUUCGAAUAUGUCAUGCUAGCCAUAAUGGCUAGGACGCCCUGUAUCUGGUGCACCAGCAACUAUAUUGAAUACCAACCCGAGUUUAUGCUAGAGGUAUCAUGGAAACCCUCUCAUCAGAGUCUGUUCCAAUAGGCCCCAAUUUGAAGAUAUAGCGUUUGCAUAACUGAAGCCAGUAGUACAGCGUACCUUUGUAAAAAAAAAAAA